UUGGUGUCUGUGGGGUGUAACAGGCUUUUCGAGGUGGGUUAUACGAAUGUUGGGUAGAAUAUAUUUUCAGUUAUGCCUUGAGAUGGUGGGGACUAGCCACUUGGCGCGUUUACGAAGGCAAUUGGAACAAGGCUGACCAUGCUUUUAGCGCAAGAGGUCAUGCCACUGUUUGGAAACACAUUUAGUCCAAAGAAAACCCCACCCAGAAAAUCAGCUUCACUUUCCAAUCUGCACUCACUGGACAGAUGCACCCGUGAGAUUGAGCUUGGUCUAGACUAUGGCACUCCUGCCAUGACACUUACUGGACAGAGUCUGAAGUUUGAGAAUGGCCAGUGGAUAACAGAUUCAUUAGGGAGCAGUGGAGACCGCAGGGAGACACAGCGCCUGCGCAAACGGAAUCAGCAGCUAGAAGAAGAAAACAAUCUCCUUCGGCUGAAAGUGGACCUUUUGUUGGAUAUGCUCUCUGAGACAACUGCAGAGUCCCAUCUCAUGGAGAAGGAAUUGGAAGAACUGAAAAAUUACAGCCGAAGGAGGAAAUAAACUUGGAAUCAGAGCCUUUAAGAGAUUGGAAAAUUAAGAGCAGGAAAAUCUGGCUAAAAGUAGCCCUACCCAGAAGUUAUCAAGCCUUAUCUGCCUUGGAAGACAUCUUUAAAAUCCUGGUCCCUAUAGAAUAUGAAGCAAAGGUCCCCAGCGUGAAAUAUUAAUUCACUCUCAAGUGCUAUUUUGAAGCAGCUGUCCUAUUUUUUUUUCUUUACUUGAGUUACUGUCCAAGUGCUCUUCUCUGCAAGAAGAGCACUUGGACAGCUACUGGAUAGAGCAUUUACUCUAUCCAGUA